AUGAAGAGCGUCACGUCUGCUGUCGUCGACAACGACGAUCCCCAGGCAUAUGAAGAUCAGCAUGUACACGCCGUUUACGAUCACAUAGCGUCGCAUUUUUCGUCGACGCGGUACAAGCCAUGGCCAAUCAUCGCUGCGUUUCUCGAUUCACUGCCUACGGGCUGGAUUGGUCUCGACUCGGGGACGGGCAACGGCAAAUACCUGCCCCUCCCCGCAGAACGACCUGGCAGCGUCCUUACCAUUGGGAUGGACCGAAGCUGGAACCUCUUGCAGAUCGCGAAGCACGCAGGUAGCGGACCUGGACUUCCGAUUACAAGGGAGAUUGUGAGGGGCGAUGUUCUCGGAAAUGGAUGGAGGGAUGGAGCCUUCGAUUAUGCUAUUUCUAUAGCUACGAUACAUCAUUUGGCCUCCCACCAGCGAAGGCAACUCGCCGUGCAGCGACUCCUACAAUGCGUUUCGCCUGCUCACGGUCGUGUAUUGAUUUACGUCUGGGCAGUGGAGCAAGAUGAUCUAUCGAAAAGGACCUGUGGAUCUGGUGGCCUGGAUGUCUUCGUGCCCUGGGUCAUGUCCCAACAGACGACCGCGCACACCAAGACGCGUCAGCCAACUCGUGAACCAGCUAGCACACAGAAAGAUGCGCUGCCGGCAGAUGUCUCCGUUUACAACCGUUAUUACCACAUGUUUGCUGAGGGGGAGCUCACGAAGCUAGUCGAGGAGGCGGCAGAGGGGAUGGGUCUCAUCGUUGGGCCCUUGACCAUUGACGCCACCAACAAGCUGGGUUGCGAAAUUAUUCGGGACGGCUGGGAACGUUCGAACUAUUAUAUAGAGUUGAGACGGUGGAUAUCGUGA